AUGUCCGAACGGAUGAACUGGGACCAUCACGCCGACCAUGACCUCCUCACGGCCAUGAUGCAAGAGCUCCAACCUUCGCAGGAGCAACUGCGUGGUGUCAUGGGCCGAAUGCACGGCUUCGGAUACACCUGCACAGUCAAGGCGAUCACCCAGCAUCUGCAGAAGCUCCGUCGCAAGGAGGACAAGGCCGGCGGCGGCAGCAACGGCGAGGGCGGCGGCCCCUCCUCGGCUCCCGUCACGCCCAAGACCCCGGGCGGCCGCAAGAAGAAUGUCGGCGGCGUCAAGAAGGAGCCCGGCUCCGGCACCAAGCGCAAGCCCGUCGCGCUCAGCGACGACGAGGAGGACGUCAAGCCGGCCAGGGUCAAGAAGGUGAAGGAGGAGCCGGUUAAGGAGGAGUCUGAGGGCUCUGCUUACGUCUAGGCUCGCACCAGGGUGGCGCCGCCGCAACUCGCUCGAAGUUUGGGAAGGGGUCGAGUCGCUCUCUCUCUCGGUUGAGGCUUUGUCACUGCGUCUUUAUUUUGGAGCACUCGAGCUUGGUGGCAACCUGCGCUGCGCUGCAUUUCAUAAUUACCAUUUCGGGUUGGACGGUGGGAAGGGGUUUUCUGGCAACGUGGAGGGGCGUCUGGUAUGGGGAACUCGGCUUGGGAACGCGCUUUGCUCUUCGGAGGAGUCAAAC